AUGUCUAACCGUCGUCCCAUCGUAAAUGCGGGGAAGGGGACUUCGGGGCCGAAGGAUGAUUAUUUGUGUAAUAUUACCUACCUAUGGACAGGUUUCGCUAAACUUUGA